UUUAGUUGCUAACAGUCAACCGAGGGAAUUUCAUGUGGCUGGUCAGGCAGAGUUUCGGGAGAGAAGCGACUGCUGCGUGGGUGGACGCACCGUUCCAUUUGAUUGCCUCGAUUGCAAACGUGUUUUUGUCGCUGCUUAUUGUUUCAGUGCAUAUCUUAUCUGCGGCAAAGUCGGGGACACCGUGUUGCAGUCCGGUUGUCGGAUGUGGUGCACGCAAUCGGCGGCUACGGAUACGACAGCGGUAGCGUCAUCUGCGCCGGAGACAGCGGUCCGGAACUCGAGCGAUCUGGCAGGUGAAAAGGUAUAUUGCAUGAGAAGGGGAGAUUGCCGGUGAUGGACAAUGAGCAACCGCACCAGGAACUGGUCAAGUGCGUGGUCGUGGGUGACACGGCAGUCGGAAAGACCAGAUUGAUCUGCGCCAGGGCCUGCAACAAGCACGUGUCGUUGUCGCAGCUCCUGACAACUCACGUGCCCACGGUCUGGGCUAUCGACCAGUAUCGGAUUUACAAGGAUGUGUUGGAGCGAUCUUGGGAGGUAGUAGACAAUGUAAACGUGUCGCUACGUCUUUGGGACACAUUUGGCGAUCACGAGAAGGAUCGACGUUUCGCAUACGGCAGGUCUGACGUCGUGUUACUAUGUUUCUCCAUAACCAACCCCGUUUCCUUGCGAAACUGCAAGGUGAUGUGGUAUCCCGAGAUAAGAAGAUUCUGCCCGCAAACUCCGGUCUUAUUGGUCGGAUGCAAAAACGAUUUGCGGUACAUGUACCGGGACGAGACUUAUCUCAGCUACUUCCGCGAUCGCAGUCCUUUUGUAAGGGCUACAAGAAAAAGCGAUCUAGUGAUGCCAGAUCAGGCACGGGCGGUAGCGCGAGAACUUGGUGUCUGCUAUUACGAGACAAGUGUCUUCACUUAUUAUGGCGUAAACGAGGUGUUCGAAAAUUCGAUACGCGCCGCCUUGAUCGCACGUCGUCAGCAACGUUUCUGGAUGACGAAUCUGAAGAGGGUGCAAAGACCUUUAUUACAGGCGCCAUUUUGUCCGCCAAAACCAGUACCGCCGGAAGUAUGCCUGGCUGCGAGUACCUAUGAGGAGAACAUGAAGAGCCUGUGGACGAGGCCAGUUCACACAGACGUGACUCUGAUAGCUGGCAACUGCACGUUCUUGGCUCAUCGGUGCUUGCUCGCCGCAGCGUCGCCGGCGUUUCAUCGGUUAUUCUCGAUGGAACUCUCCCACGAACUGACACCGCGCAGCUCCAGCGAGUCCAGCAUGGUAUAUGCCAGCUCUAUCAGAGUUUGGGAGCAACUUAAGCGACGAUCGAGUUUUCAAGUACUGCCGACGGUGGAUAAUCAGAGGAAAACUAACGGCGCGACGAGAGAGCUGAAUCAUCCUGCCUUCCAAAAUAUUCGUAUAUGUCUGACUGAAAACGCGAACGGAGUACAACAGCCUAUGACUGUGGUUACGCUAUCGAAGCUGAUCACUCCGCAGGCGAUGCAGCAGUGCUUGCAAUUCAUUUAUACGGGCUGCUUGGAUAAACGGUAUCACGAUCUACAAACAGCUCCUAUCGGGCUUCUACUGGAGAUCAGGCAGGCGGCCGAGUUUCUCGAGCUACCGCAGUUACUCAUGGUGCUCGGUAGCAUACAGACGCGGGAGCAAUUUGUCAAUAGCGAUCUCAAUAAUCGGUACAAACAAGUGGUCAGGCAACGACUGGAGGACAUUUGCCUGGAGCAAGGUCUCUUCGCCGAUGUGAUGUUCGAGUUGGACGAUGGCAGCGUACCGGCCCACAAAGCGAUUCUCACUGCCCGAUGCGACGUGAUGAAAGCCAUGUUCUCUGGCGAUUUUCGCGAAAGCAGCGCAAAAGUCAUAGUCUUUCCUGGAGUACGGGAGUACACAUUCCACAAGUUGCUGUGCUAUCUUUAUACGGAUGAAGUGCCGGCAAUCUCCUCGGCAAGAUGCCUCAACCUAUUGGAACUAGCCAACAGACUAUGCCUUCAACGAUUGGUGAAUCUAGUCGAGAGCAGAGUGAUCGAGGAUCUUGAUCGUCUAUCGCAGAACGAGGGGAACGACGCCGUUGAAAACUGCCUGAGGUUGCUGGAGCCGUGCAAGCUGCAUAAUGCCGAUCAGCUGGCCGACUGGUGCAUGAAUCAUCUCUGCGUUAAUUAUAAUAAGCUAUGCAAAAUGUCGCCUCGCAGCGUGCGGCUGCUUCAUCCCGAAAAUCAAGAGUAUCUGAAUGAGCACCGAUGGCCACCGGUUUGGUACUUGAAGGACUACGAUUACUACCAGAAGUGUCUGGCGGAGCAGGAUCGCGAGAAUAAACCAACCUUGAAACGGAAUCGCAACCAGUCCGGCUGCCUGUGUUUCUCGGGCUCGAGUAAGACCAGACGGGAGGGUAAUACCGGGAACGGCGGUGGCGGUGGCGGUACGACAUCGACGACAUCGAACGAGACGCCGGCAGAUCGGCCGCUCUUUGACGCCUCUACCGAGUCGGGAGAACAGGCCGUAUGACAGGAGCCAAGCGGCCUCAGCCGCUCAGUCAGAUUCAUCUUGGUCCUACCUGUGCUCAUGGUCUUCAUAUGCACUAUUUUUACCAUUUUGAUACUGCUACAGAUUUAUACUUAAGCGGACCGCGCAGGACGAAGCUAUGCGUAAACGCACGUAAAUACAUAUGGAUAUAAUAUAUAUUACACAGACACACACUCACACACACAUACACACACACAUACACACACACGUACAUACAUACGCGAUGCAUAGAUAUGUAUGAGCAAACACGAGAAUACACACAUAUAUACACAUAUAUACGCCAAUGAUCAGCGAUAAAAGCCGAUCCAGGGCUAGCUCGAGAUGUAUUCGAUUCUUAGCCUGAGAUCGAAUUCCAAAAAUUCCCCCUAUGACGUACGUAAUUUCUUUCUCCUCUAACGAUGUGCACCCCCAUUUUUCGCGCCGUGUAUUUUUAAAAGCGCGGCGCCGACGACUCGGAUUCUCGCGGAUGUCCGUGAAUUUUUUCGUAUUCGCGGACUUUUGCAGCUCACACUUUUAUCUUCCGCAAGCGACAAGUGAGAAUAGUAUUUUUCGAGGGGAGAUUUCCUACUUUCUACACGCGUUGAUACUUCUGUGUGUAUACAUUCAGAGACAAGAUUGCGUGGAUGCCGAAUACAAAUAAAGAUCUUUCUUCAUUUAAUCCGUACUUUCUCUUGUUAAAACGACGAUUGUUGAUACGAAUAAACAUAUCCAUAAACAAUCGUAUGUACAAAUAUAUCCCAACAUCUCGAAAAAAAAUGGCAAUCUAUAAGAAAUAGAGAGGCAAAACUGAAGUAAAAAUGUAUUAUUUUUUAUUAUAUAUAAAAAAAUACAAUGAUAACUCCUUCAACUGCUCUUGUUCAAUUUUAGUCAAAAAAUUUUAGUUUCAAAGAUAUUCUUCAUGUGAAAAGCAUGAAGUCAUAUCAAGACACUUAAUGAUAUGAUGGGUGUGAAGAAUAAGAAGAAUGGAUAAAAAGAAGGACUAGCUGAAGUAGUUAUAGGGUUGUUUAGAGUUGUCGAAACAUGUGUGUGUUGCAUGUGAUAAAUUUAUAUAUCGCAUAUGCAGGCUUGUCGAUUAUAAAAAUCAGGAAGUAUAUAAUAGGUUCGAGUGUCCACUCAUUGUUGUCCCUGAUUGUAUGUCGUCAACAGCGGUCUUCAUCGAUAUGCAACGCACUUGCAUCGCGCGAAUGUCGCCGCCUUCGCCGAUGCAACGUCGAUUUGAUGAAGACCGCGUGUUGCAUCGUCGCGAUUAGCAUCGAUCACGGCGUGAUUGUCGUCUCGGUAUGAUUUCUCGGUGCGUUCUCUCGGUGGACUAACGAUUAUUGCGACAAUCAUCCGCGAUCUGCCGUUUGACAAUUGUGCUAAUUAUUAGGAUUUCGCGUCUAAUUUCGCAAAAGGAGACGUGGAGCGAUGAACGAAAGUCCCGAAUACUGAGUGUUGUAUACGAAAACGCGAAUAUAGGAGAGGAAAAGGAAAACGUAACAUUGUCGAUGUGUUAGACUGAAGAAACGAGCAAUAGCUUUAGUUCGUAGCGAAGCUAAUAAAGCGCUAUCGUGAAAUGCAGCGAAUCGGUCUGCCAAAGUCAAUCACUUUUCUUAAUCUGCUGUCAAUCAACAGAGAAU